AUGGGGAGCGAGGAGGGCCGGCGCAGCGAGACAGGGAGGAGGGGGAAGGAAGGGGAGCAGCGCCGCGGUGGAAGGAAGGGAUCAAGGAGGAACUCCACGCUGCAAUCACGAAAGACACCGUCGCAUCCGCCUCUAGGUAGCGCACGCCACGGCCAGAAAGCUAGCCAUGGCCCCGCAACGCCGCUGCGCCGGCACCCUGCUCUUCCUUGUGGCCGCCACCGUCGCCUCCGCCGCGCGCGACCUCGACGCUGCCAACUCCCUCCCUGCGCCGGCCGCCGGAACCAAGCCCGACCCUGCUUAUCACGGAGGAUACGGCGGCGGUGCCAUCCCGGCGGCUACUACGGCGGCGGUGGAGGGUACGCGCACGGCGGCGUGGAGGUGCCGGCGGUGGCGUGCCAGGAGAAGGGCCCCUGCUACGGCAAGAAGGUGGCGUGCCCCAAGCGGUGCUUCUGGUCCUACAGCCGCUCCGGCAACGGCUACGGCGCGGGCGGCGGCGGAGGCUCCUGCACCGUCGACUGCAGGGCCAAGUGCACCGCCACCUGCUGAUCCAUCGAUCUAGAUCGACAUUAUAGCUGCCCAAGAUCUAGUAUUUGUACCUACCAUGUACUCCUACUGUCUGUCCGUCUACCGCUGAUCUUUUACAUCUCUCCUAACCUAAAUAAGCGCGCAUGGUUUCUUUUUUUUUAUGCCUCAAUCCUAAACACGCACUAUAACUCAAUGUGCAUGUUGUGUGCAGUGUGCUU